GAGAAAUAACAAUAAUAGUGCAGUGAUCCAGACACGGAAUUCUAGCUACUGGUAGCUAGUUAGCUACGGUACUGUAGUCAAUAGCCGUGCAAGCGAAACCAAACGCAAGAACCAACAACAUUGCCAGCAAAAAAGCAUCCGGCAAGUAGAGGUUGGUCAAGGUAACACUGUGGUAUACGUCUACUAGCUAGCUAGGUAUCAACAAGGUCAGGCUGUUGGCUGCCAAAGAAAAUUGACCAGGAGUGUAAAACCAUUUCUCAUUUAAAAAAGCAAGAGAUUGAUUGAUUGAAGAGUUAGUCUAGCUAGUUGCAAGGAAGAGGAUACCCCUGUGCUUAUUACAGAAUUCAGAACAGCCAAACUAACGUCCACCAAAAUGAGCACCAGUAGUGUUGGUAGUCCCCUGAUGAUCGAGGAUUCGACGUCGCAACCGCUUCUGUCAUUGUCCGAGCAUGACGAAUCCAUGAGUGUUGUCAAGAUGGAUCCGCUUACCGCCAAGCGAUGGACCGCCGUUGCAUCCAUUGGUGUGUGUGUCUUUUUGGCAUUCCCCAUUUUUGGGGCGGUUGGAACGACCAAUAAUCAUUCCGAGCAUCACGCGGAGAGUCGCCUGGUUUCCAGAACCAGUCCAACUUUGACAACGACAUUAUUGCCAAGAAAGGAAAUACGUUUGCAAGACAAUGACGACGCCGCACUGGAUAUUUCCGUAAUUGGAGAUCCCAUCAAUGUGUGGAGAUCACCGGAUAGCUAUCAUCGCUGUCAUCAGAUUGAUGUCCCGGAUAUCCCCACCCGCGCGUUUGCGGAAACCAACAACAAUCACCAACACAACAAAAUUCACAUGAUUCAAGGAUCCACCGAGUAUCACAUCAUGACCGGGUCGUCGCUGUUGGAUGUCAAACGAAACUGCGACAUUGCAUUUAAUAAAACGGCCAAUCCCGAUCCCUCCCAAUUUGCCGCCAAUGAAUUCUUGGAUUCUCCCGUCGCAUUUCCAAAUAAUAAUGGCACCGUGGUGGCCAUUUCUCACACGGAAUUCCCGGGCAACCGGUACGAUCAGUGUCCACUCCCGAAAGCAUAUCCGCAUUGUUGGACGGUUACCAUGGGACUCAUGAUAUCCCACGAUUUUGGACGCACGUGGGCACAUGCUCGUCCACCACCGCAUCAUUUGGUGGCGGCCGUGCCGUACCAAUACAAUGCCACGCAACUGGCAUCUGGAUGGGGCGAUCCCAGUAAUAUCCUACGGUCGCCGUUAAACGAUGGAUACUAUUACAUGGCGGCAUGGAAUCGAAAUACAGUGGGAUUGCAAUCGGCCGGUGUUUGUAUGAUGCGGACCAAGACGUUGAUGGAUCCGUCGUCGUGGCGGGGAUGGAAUGGACACGAUUAUAGCGUGUCGUUUGUGUCGCCCUAUGUGUCAUGGCGGGGAUGGAAUGGAAUUGAUUAUGCCGAGUCCUUUGUGUCGCCCUAUCCAUCUCCAAAGGACGAUGAGUUUGAUCCCGCCCAUCAUAUUUGUACCGUUCUGGACGUGGAUACGUCCCAAUUGGAUCCGACUCAGUGCAAUCCGUUUGGACUCGUCUGGAGUCCCUCCUUGGAAUUGUUCCUCCUGACGUGGGGAUGUUUGAACGGAUACGGUCCCUUCUAUGUGACGACCAGUACCGAUUUGAUUCAUUGGUCCGCCCCGCAACACUUGUACGACAAAUCCAUGUUGCCAUUGGGAGUAGCAAAAAAUGUCACGAGUAUGCACUAUCCCAAUUUGAUGGAUGUCGCGGCACCGGAUCAAUUCGGGGAUGCCAAUUACAAUACCAUUGGUGCCACGCCGCACUUGUUUUGGGUAUCCUUUGGCCACAAUGUGUAUGCGGAUGGAAGAAGUGCCUGGGCCACGCCAUUGCGGAUGGUUAAGCGACAAGACGACACGCAAGAAGAAACAUCGUCAACGACUUGA